CCAAUUGCUACGCCAUAUCUUUUCACUUACCACCCACCACCAUGCUUGUUAUAAUUAUACUCCUUACAUUUAUUCACAUCUGCCAUUCCGCCGUCAUAAACCCAAACAACCACCACUCCGCCGUCAUCAGCUCCGGAGACCACCAUUUCCUAAAACUCCCUCUCCACCACAUUAACCCUCUCCAAACCCCUUCCGACGCCGUAAUCUCUGACUCGGCCCGCCUCUCCGUCCUCCUCGCCACCCUCCACCGCCACCCCAACCUUCCCCUGACCUCCGGCGCCUACGCCGGCGCUGGACAAUACUUUGUUACUCUCCAUUUGGGUACCCCACCACAACCUCUUCUUCUCAUUGCUGACACUGGCUCCGAUCUCAUUUGGGUCGCUUGUUCUGCUUGCCGGAAUGACUGCAAUGCCACCCGACCUCCACAUUCUGCAUUUUUAGCACGACACUCCGGGUCAUUCUGUCUUCAUCAUUGUUAUGACCCGGCGUGUCGCCUUGUUCCCAAACCCCGCCCUGUAGGCGCGUGCAACAUCACGCGCCUGCAUUCCCCAUGCCGGUAUGAGUACUCAUACGCGGAUGGGUCUAUAACUAACGGGUUUUUCGCCAAAGAAACGACAUCUUUUAACUCCACCACUGGAAAAUUACUACAACAUGAUAGUUUAGCCUUUGGAUGUGGAUUUAAAAUAUCGGGGCCAAGUGUAUCUGGCCCCAGUUUUAAUGGGGCGCAAGGGGUAAUGGGCCUAGGUCGUGGGCCUAUUUCCUUUGUUACCCAACUUGGGCGGCGGUUUGGUGACAAGUUCUCUUAUUGUUUGAAAGAUUACACCGUCGCACCGCCGCCAACGAGUUACCUUAUGAUCGGUACCAAUGAUCGAAAUCCAAAAAUGCGAUACACGCCAUUGACAACAAACCCAUUAUCGUCUACUUUUUACUACAUUGGUGUUCAAAAUGUGUAUGUAGAUAAUGUGAAAGUACGAAUAAGCCCUUCGGUUUGGGACCUUGAUAAAAUGGGAAAUGGUGGUACGAUAGUUGACUCAGGGACCACCCUCACCUUCUUACCGGAUAUCGCCUACCGUCGUAUUUUGACCGCCUUUCGAAGACGCGUGAAUUUGCCAAUCCCUGAAGGAUCGCCACCAAAUUUUGAUCUUUGUUAUAAUGUAUCGGGUAUCAAUCAAAGACUGAGUUUACCCAAGCUGAGUUUCAAACUCGUUGGCAACUCGGUAUUUUCGCCACCAUUUGGGAAUUACUUUAUUGACACAGCCGAAGACGUAAAAUGCUUGGCAUUGCAGCCGGUGACAUCACCCGGUGGAUUUUCUGUAAUCGGGAACCUAAUGCAACAAGGAUUUUUGUUCGAGUUUGAUAUUGGUAGAUCAAGAUUAGGUUUUUCACGUUCAGGUUGUUCCAAAUCGAGAUAAUGGAUUGAGAUUCUCUCAUGUCGUUAAAUUUAACAUGACGUAUAUUUGUGUGAGUCGGAUAAAAAUAAUAUAGUGAAAUAUCUAAUUUCACUUUUUAUUCAACUUACAACAUUAAAAAUUUAUGUCAUGUUAGAUUUUAACAUGUUAAUUUUGUGUAAUUAAUAUAAAUUCAUAUAAUAUUUUUUGAAUUUGGUUAUUGUUAA